AAGACGUCAUAGCCCGCAUGCAAGAUGAGAAAAAUGGAAUUCCUAUUCGUACAGUCAAAAGUUUUCUUUCCAAGAUCCCCAGUGUCUUUUCUGGUUCAGACAUUGUUCAAUGGUUAACGAAGAAUUUAUCUAUAGAAGACCCAGUGGAAGCUCUACAUUUGGGAACGUUGAUGGCAGCACAUGGUUAUUUCUUUCCAAUCUCAGACCAUGUUCUAACACUAAAGGAUGAUGGAACCUUUUAUCGAUUCCAGACACCUUAUUUUUGGCCAUCUAAUUGUUGGGAGCCGGAAAACACAGACUAUGCGGUUUACCUCUGCAAAAGGACAAUGCAAAACAAAGCAAGGCUAGAGCUAGCGGACUAUGAAGCUGAGAGUUUGGCCAGGCUACAGCGAGCAUUUGCCCGAAAAUGGGAGUUUAUAUUUAUGCAAGCCGAAGCACAAGCCAAAGUGGACAAGAAAAGAGACAAGAUAGAGAGGAAGAUUCUUGAUAGCCAGGAGCGAGCCUUCUGGGAUGUCCACAGGCCAGUGCCUGGAUGCGUAAACACCACUGAAGUGGAUAUAAAAAAGUCUUCAAGAAUGAGAAAUCCACAUAAAACGAGAAAGUCUGUCUACGGAUUACAAAAUGAUAUUCGAAGUCACAGCCCUACCCACACACCAGUACCAGAGACUAAGCCACCCACAGAAGAUGAACUGCACCAAGAGAUUAAGCACUGGCAAAUGCAAUUAGACAGACAUCGAUUAAAAAUGUCAAAAGUUGCAGAGAGUUUAUUAGCUUAUACAGAGCAGUAUUUGGAAUAUGAUCCUUUCCUCGUGCCCCCUGAUCCUUCCAACCCAUGGAUAUCAGAUGACACUACUUUUUGGGAACUGGAGGCAAGCAAAGAGCCAGGACAGCAGAGGGUAAAGCGAUGGGGGUUUGGCAUGGAUGAAGCUUUGAAAGACCCUGUGGGAAGAGAGCAGUUUCUUAAAUUCCUGGAGUCAGAAUUCAGUUCUGAAAACUUAAGGUUCUGGUUAGCAGUAGAAGACCUGAAGAAGAGGCCUAUCCGUGAAGUUCCUGCUCGUGUCCAGGAAAUCUGGCAAGAAUUUCUUGCUCCGGGUGCACCCAGUGCCAUCAAUCUAGAUUCAAAAAGUUAUGACAAAACAACACAGAACGUAAAGGACCCUGGAAGAUACACAUUUGAAGAUGCUCAGGAGCACAUUUACAAACUGAUGAAAAGUGAUUCUUAUCCUCGUUUUAUACGAUCCAGUGCCUACCAGGAGCUGCUACAGGCCAAGAAAAAGGGCAGAAACAUCCCUAUUUUCCCAUGCCAUAAAAACUGUACACCAACACUGAGGGCGAGCACUAACCUGUUAUGAAAAGAGGGGAAAUCGCUCACAUCAAAGAGGUUAACCAGUCUAGUGCAGUCCUACUAAAAGGAUCACCUUGUAGCAUGGAAGCAGACUCAAAUCAUUACACAUACUUUGUAGCUCACUGAUUGCCUGAAUCAGAGGACAGUAGAACAAGAUGUUGCAUGAGCAAGGACCUGACUUGUUUUCUUUUGUGUAUACUAAGGCAUUACAGACUCCGAGGGACUCUCUAGCCUUUCGAUGCCUCCAUUUCGAAAACUGUCUGCUCACUUCCUCCUUCAUAUCAAGCUGGAUCUGUGUCUUUUUAUUUUCUGCAAGCUCAAGUACAGUGAAAAAAAAGCUUCUGCUAGACACAGUUUAUUAAAAAAAAUACGUCAAUCAAAAACUGGAAGAAAUGUAAAAAAUGCAUAUAUUAAUAAAUAUACAUAUGGCAUCACAUUUAUUGCACAAUAAAUUAGCACAGAAGGUUUCAUUUCACUGAUGUAUUCACAUUGAGAAAGAAAGCCUGUGUCUUUGUCUGUUGUCUGUAUAUUCUCUGUUAAUGUUUCUUGCAUUUAUUUUUAUACCAUAUUUAAAAAAAAAGGACACCUUUUACUCCAGAUGUAUUAAAGUUGAUCCUUUCU